AUGCUGAAUGCCGGGCACUUGGGUCCUGGGUGUUUUGCCCUCUUUGUUAACAGGCUUUCUGACACUGUAUUGGUGGGCAUCGUCUUCUGCAGAGAGAUUGAAAAGUUUACAGAUCCUGCUAGCUCUUGUGGGCAACAGGUUCAUAGUUUAAAGUCCAGGAGAAUGAGAUUGAUUGAUGGGUUUGAACAGAUGUUGAAAGAAGGAGGAAUACGUUCUCUUUGGCGGGGAAAUGGUGUAAAUAUUUUUAAAAUUAUACCUGAGACAGCUCUCAAGAUUGGAGCCUAUGAACAGUAUAAGAAUUGGCUAGGUUUUGAUGGUGCUAAAGUAGAAAUUAUUGGGAGAUUUAUAUCUGGCUCAUUGGCUGGUGCAACUGCGCAGACCUGUAUUUACCCCAUGGAGGUAUUUAAGGAAAAGCUAAAUCUAGGUAAAACUGGACAGUAUUCAGGGAUCAUUGAUUGUGGCAAGAAGCUUCUGAAGGAAGAAGGUGUCAGAACAUUUUUCAGAGGUUAUAUUCCUAACUUCCUAGGCAUUCUACCUUAUGCAGGCAUAGAUUUUGCUGUUUAUGAGCUGUUGAAGAAUUAUUGGCUAGAACAUCAUGCAGGAGAGUCUACAGAUCCUGGGAUAAGGAUUUUGCUGGGAUGUAGUACAUUGUCUCACACAUGUGCUCAGAUAGCCACCUUCCCUCUGACCCUUAUCAGAACUCGCAUGCAAGUUCAAGCACUGGAAGAAAAAGAAACAACAACUUCUAUGAUUCAUCUCAUUCAAGAGAUACAUAACAACGAAGGAAAAAGGGGAUUUUUCAGGGGUCUCACCCCAAAUAUCAUAAAGGUGCUUCCCUCAGUAGGCAUUAGCUGUGUAGUUUAUGAAAUAGUGGGACAACAUUUGGGAUUAAUGUAA